AUGGAAGCCCCCAUAUCCUUAAACCUCAAAAAUCUUCAAUUUUCACGAAAACAAAGAGCAACCCACGACUGGGAUUCAAUUAUCAAACACCAGGCCAAGCUCAGAAACGACAAUGCGAUUCUCACGACAUAUACCCACAUGGAAUCUUUAAGCAUUUUACCGAACACAGUAACGUUGCCUCUCAUUCUCAAGGCUUGUGGGAAUUUAUAUGCCAUUGAAACGGGCAAGAAGAUACACAAUGAUGUUAUGAAUACAGGGUAUUGCUUUGAGGCAUUGGAUCUUUUUGUUCAAAUGUUGAUGAAUGGGAUGAGAUGUGAUUUGGUGACCAUCCUCAGUGCUAUACAGGCCAUUGCAGAAUAUAGGUGUGUUAAAUUGGGUAUGCAAGUCCAUCAACUGGCAAUCAAAUGUGAUUUUAACAGAGAUUUGUAUAUAAUAAAUGCAUUGAUAAAUAUGUAUAGUCAGAUUGGAUGUAUGGAAUUUGCGCAUGUUCUAUUUCGAUCCGUUUCUACUGGAGAUGUUGCUUUGUGGAACUCUAUGGUGUCUGCAUAUACUGAGAGAGGCGCCAUUGAUGAAGCUGUGGCUUUGCUAAGAGCAAUGAAGUUAAAAGGCACAAGACCAGAUGAAAGAACUGUUGUGAUUGUACUGUCAUUAUGUGUUGACCUAGCUAAUGGUCUGAGAAAUGGUCGAAGCCUGCAUGCUCAUGUAGUUAAAUGUGGAAUGGAGAACAAUGCCUGCAUAAGAAAUGCAUUGUUAAAUCUGUUUGGAGAGCUAAAUUGUGUUGAAGAUGCCUUGAAAAUUUUUGACGAGACAAAAAAUCCAGAUGUGCUUUCAUGGAACACGUUGAUCUUGACAUUGGCCCGUAAUGAACUGAGGGGUAAAGCGUGGGAUCUCUUCAUGCAGAUGAGUGAAUUACAUUUCAUGCCGAACUCCCACACGAUAGUUUCCAUUCUUGCAGCUUGUACUGACGAAUCAUUUCUAAAACUUGGUAGAUUUAUCCAUGGUUAUGUGAUAAAACACGGGAUCAAAAUUGACCCUCCUCUGCAUACGGCACUCACAGAAAUGUACAUGAACUGCAUUGAUAAAGAAACAGCCGAGACAUGGGAUGUAAUUCAAUGUUGGCUCAGAUGGAAGGUACAAAAUUCAACAUCUAACAAACGAGAUUUUGAUGCAAGAAGGUGGUUUAUACGUUGA